GCUUUAAUUACUCACUCCAUAAUCUCACUAUUACAUUUGCCAACAACAAUGGAGUAUAUUGAUAUCUUUAUACUCCUCCUCUCUCUUCUUCUCCUUCUUCUCUUUUGCUACUUCUUUCGUAGCAAAAACGGGCUCCCGACAAACUGGCCUUUUCUAGGGAUGCUUCCUGCACUCCUUAAAAACGUCCAAAGAAUUCACGAUUUUGCCACUGAACUGAUGGACAAUUCUCAUAUGACUUUCCCUUUUAAGGGUCCUUGGUUUACCAACAUGUACUUGUUGGUUACCGUUCAUCCCGCCAACGUGCACCAUGUGAUGAGCAAGAACUUUGGAAACUAUCCCAAAGGUUCAAAAUUCAAUGAAAUCUUCGAUGUACUAGGAGAUGGAAUCUUUAAUACAGAUUCCUUCGUGUGGAAAUACCAUCGAAAAAUGGCUCAAUCUUUCCUUACCCACCCAAAAUUCCACCCUUUUUUGGUUAACAAAACAUGGGAUAAAGUUGAGGAUGGACUCAUCCCUGUCCUUAACCAUUUCUCUGAUAAUCAUUCAAAUUCUAACGAAGUUGUUGACUUGCAAGAUUUAUUUGCAAGAUUCACUUUUGAUACGAUAUGUAUCAUUUCUAUGGAUUACGAUCCCAAAUCUCUAUCAAUCAAUUUGCCUUAUAAUCCAUCGUCUAAGGCCUUAGACGACGUCGAAGAAGUGAUCUUCUAUCGCCAUUCAGUGCCAUCUUUUGUUUGGAAGUUCCAAAGGUGGUUAGAUAUUGGAGAAGAGAACAAGUAUAGAAAAGCUUGGGAAACGCUUGAUAGUUUCAUCUACAAAUGCAUAGAUAUGAAGAGAUCACAAGAAGAACCAAUCAAUGAGUUGUUGAACGUCGAUCUACUCACUUUAUACAUGAAACAAGAUGAAAAUGGUAAGAUUGUUAAUCAAGGUGAUAAUAAUAAGUUUUUAAGGGAUACAAUUCUAAAUAUUUUUGUAGCAGGACGUGACACAACUAGUGCUACGUUAUCCUGGUUUUUUUACCUACUUUCUAAGAACCCACAAGUCGUUUCCAACAUUAAAAAAGAGCUAGAUAAUAAUGCGACGAUAUGUAGGGAGAAUUUUAAAGAGGUGAGUAACAAGUUAGUGUAUCUUCAUGGUGCUUUAUGUGAGACUUUACGAUUAUACCCUCCAGUUGCAUUUGAGGCUAAGUCUCCUGUUGAGCCGGAUAUAUUGCCAAGUGGCCACCACGUGAAUAAAAAUAUGCAGAUUAUAUUCAGUAUGUAUGCGAUGGGGAGGAUGAAAUCUAUAUGGGGAGACGAUUGUUACGAGUUUAAGCCGGAAAGAUGGAAAUCGGAACAAGGAAAUAUUAGACAUGAGCCAUCAUACAAGUUUUUAGCUUUUAACGCGGGUCCAAGAACUUGCCUAGGAAAAGAAAUGGCCUUCACACAAAUGAAGAUUAUUGCCACAACCAUAAUUCAAAACUAUGUGAUUGAACCAGUUGAAGAACAUCCAGUUGUUCCUAAUAUCUCUAUAAUCCUUCACAUGAAGUAUGGGUUUAAAGUUAGAAUACGUCGUUCUCGAUGAUCGAUUAAUGAUCUAGACAUAUAAUUAUAAUUGUGCAGUUUGCGUAGGGUUUCCUAAGUAUAUUUUUCUUAUUUUUUAAAAAAUUAUAUAAUUGUGUAGCUUUGCGUAGUUAAUACUUAUCUCUGUUUUCGGAAUUGUUGUUACGUAAUUGAUCACCCAAAUCGGUUGCCUGUUUCAUUCUAAAGUAACACGUACUAAAUGUAAAUGUGUGGGUCUUCUCCUUUAUAACCACAUAAUUCUUAUC